AUAAAUAAGAGUAUUCAAUUGGUCCACCGUGGAAUUUUAUAGAAAAUGAUAUUAACUCCGUGCAAAACGGCAGCGUGCGAGGCCUUAGCGUUGGCCGUUGGCUGUUGGAAAUUGGUUAGGCGUCCGCCCGGUGGGUUGUUGACAUUUUUAUGAAAAUACAAUGAAACACGAGCACUCGAAAGAUCACUCACUCGUCCUCACAACGCAGAGAAUAAACCGAAAAAUUAAACCUAGAUUUCUCCUUCAAAUCCUUAUCUCCUCCCCACCCCCCCGUCUCUCUAAUAAUUUCGAGUUGACUCCAUAUUUGUCAAGCUCUCAAUGGCGUCCAUGGCUUCCAUCUGCUCUCCAACCUCUCUCAAGCUUCGUUUGGCCAUGAAAAGCAGGAACUUUAGGGGAUCGCCUGCAAUUCUGAUACGGACUCGGGUGAGGAAGCUGGAUCCUCAAAUUCGUGUGCUAUGUGCAGCUCAAAAUGGAAAUGGAGUGGAACGGCUUCAUGACAGAUGUUCCAUGAUUGCUUCAGGCGCUGCGGCUAAUAAUUUUGCAGGUUGGUCUGAUUCGGAUGAUGGUGAUCAAUCUCCCGAGUCCAAGUCGCAGAGGCAGAAAUGGCUUCCAGGGAUUGUGGGAGCUGGAGUAGCUGGUGUCGUCCUAGUUGCAGGACUUACCUUUGCAGCAUUGUCUCUCAGUAAACAAAGCACAUCAAGACCAAAACAACAGAUGGAACCAUUGACUACUCACCAGGAAGUUUCACUGAUCUCUAAUGUGGAGGAUGAUGAACUUGAGAAGAAUAAAAGUGAGAAAAGCAGUGUGAAGCAAGAUCAUCGCAGUCCAAAACACAUGUCCUCUCCAGAACUUUUUGAAGCACCUAAUGAAAAUAAACUCAGCGUUAGCAGUCACAGUCAGAGUCAGACCCCAUUGGUAGACAAUGAAAAAUACGUAAGUUCCCAUGAUACCAUUGAUAAAGCUCCCAUUCAGGAGCAUAUGCAAUAUGAAUCAGUUUCUGAUGGCAAGUCAGAUCCUCCAGAAAUGAUUCCCAACUCAAUGAAUUUGCCUGAUAGUGAAAUUGCUGAUGAUAGCCUAGCUGCAAGUAUACCUCAAUCAAUUUCUGAAAUUGAGCAAAAUUUGGUCGUUGGCGAACCUGCUGAUUUGUUGAAUAUAAAAAAUCCUUUCACUGACCAUGAAGGAGGAUUGCCUAGCUCAGAGUUAAAAGAGAAUUCCUAUCCUUUAUGUGAUUCUUCUAAUUCCCCUGUUCAUGAAUCCAGUAAGCCUGUGGAUGUGAGUAUUUCAGUCACUAAAACAGUGGAUGCUGCUAUAAAGCCUGGAAUUUUUCCUAAAGAUGACAAGGAGACUGUAACCUCACAUCCAGCAGAAGAAAAUCUUGACACAGGCAAAACAACUCAAGCGGCCUCAACUGAGAGAAAUAAUUCAUCCCUGGAAGUGAAUUACUUAAACGAGAGUGAAUAUUCUGGAACCACUUCUGUUUCACCGUCAGCCUAUCCAUUUGCAAACAGACAAGACAUGGUUUCUAGUGAUGAGACAAUUGGAAGCAGAACAUCUUUUGUACCAACACCUUUCAGCAGUUCCUUCUUGUCUGCUGGUAUACCUGCUCCAUCUGCAGUUUCUGAAGCUAUGCAGGUUUCUCCUGAAAAGGUUCUGGUUCCUGCAGUUGUUGAUCAGGCUCAGGCACUAGCACUAGCCGCACUGCAAGCUUUGAAGGUUAUUGAAGCUGAUGUUCUACCUAGUGAUCUGUGUACACGUCGUGAGUAUGCCCGUUGGUUGGUGGCCGCAAGCAGUGCUCUUUCAAGGAACACGCUUUCAAAAGUAUAUCCUGCAAUGUAUAUAGAGAAUGCUACUGAACUAGCAUUUGAUGAUAUCACACCUGAUGACCCUGAUUUUUCAUCAAUUCAAGGUUUGGCUGAAGCAGGACUUAUCUCAAGCAGGCUUUCAAAUCAUGAUUUGUUUUCUUCUUCAGAUGAAGAACAAGGUCCAUUUUACUUCUCUCCUGAAAGCCCUUUAUCAAGGCAGCAUCUUGUGAGCUGGAAGAUGGCCCUGGAGAAAAGACAACUUCCAGAAGCUGAUGGACAGAUUUUGUACCAACUUUCUGGUUUUAGAGAUAUUGAUAAAAUAAACCCAGAUGCAUGGCCUGCACUGAUAGCUGACUUGUCUGCAGGAGAUCAAGGAAUAAUAUCACUUGCAUUUGGGUGCACAAGAUUAUUUCAGCCAGAUAAACCUGUUACAAAGGCCCAAGCUGCUGUAGCUCUUGCAACUGGUGAGGCAUCUGACAUAGUUAUUGAGGAGCUUGCACGUAUUGAAGCAGAAUCCGUGGCAGAAAAUGUUGUGUCUGCACAUAAUGCUUUAGUAGCCCAAGUUGAGCAGGAUCUCAAUGCAAGUUUUGAGAAGGAGCUUUCAAUGGACGGAGAAAAAAUUAAUGCUGUGGAGAAAAUGGCUGAAGAGGCAAGGCUUGAAUUAGAAAAGUUAAGAGCUGAAAGGGAAGCAGAUAAUAUUGCCCUGAUGAAGGAGCGGGCUGCUAUUGAAGCAGAAAUGGAAGUUCUUUCAAGGUUAAGAAGUGAGGUGGAGGAACAGUUGCAAAGCCUUCUGACUGGUAAGGUGGAGAUAUCAUAUGAAAAGGAAAGGAUUAGCAAACUUCAAAAAGAAGCAGAAAAUGAAAAGCAGGAGAUUUCCCAGUUACAGUAUGAGUUGGAGGUUGAGCGAAAAGCCUUGUCCAUGGCCAGGGCUUGGGCUGAGGAUGAAGCAAAAAGAGCAAGAGAACAUGCAAAAGCCAUUGAAGAAGCUAGAGAUCAUUGGGAGAGACACGGAAUCAAAGUAGUAGUUGACAGUGAUCUCCGCGAAGAGAGUUCUGCUGGUGUUGCAUCACUUGCUGCUGCAAAGCAGUUCUCUGUUGAAGGAAUUGCUAGCAGGGCUGAAAAUUUGGUGGACAAACUCAAGCUAAUGGCGGAUGAUGUAAAAGGCAAAUCUAGAGAGGUGAUUCAUAAGAUAAUACAGAACAUCCUCAUCUUAAUUUCACUUUUGAAGGAGUGGGCCUUGAAGGCAAGUACACAAGCUAAGGAACUUAAAGAUGCCACUAUCUUGAAUGCAAAGGGUUCAAUACAAGAGUUGCAGCAAAACACAUCAGAAUUUAGUUUGGCCAUCAAGGAAAGGGCAAGAGGGUCAAUACAAGGGUUGCAGCAAAGCACUACAGAGUUCAGUAUCGCCGUGAAGGAAGGAGCAAAGCGGGUUGCAGAAGAUUGCAGGGAAAGUGUAGAAAAACUCACUCAUAAGUUUAAGUCAUGAAUGUUGAAUGUAAUAUUGUUUUCCUAGUAAACCAACAAAUAUAUUUUGCCAGUAAAUGCAAUAGCUGAGAAUGUAACACUCGCACUA